CCUCGCCGCCCGGCCCCCCGGAAACACCGCCCGCGCUGCGCCGGUGCCGGCCAUGGAGGAGGAGGAGGAGGCGGUGGCCUGGAUGGACCAGGCCCUCGACGUGGCUAAAGAGGCGCUGGAGAAGGGGGAGGUUCCCGUCGGUUGCCUGUUGGUGUACAACGGCGAGGCCGUGGGGCGGGGCAGGAACGAGGUCAACGAGACGAAGAACGCUACUCGACAUGCAGAAAUGGUGGCAAUUGAUCAGGUCCUUGACUGGUGCAAGCAACACAACAGAGAUUAUACAGAAGUGUUUGCACACUCGGUAUUGUACGUAACUGUAGAGCCUUGUAUCAUGUGUGCAGCUGCCGUGCGCUUGAUGAAAAUUCCACGGGUCAUAUAUGGCUGUCGAAAUGAGCGAUUUGGAGGCUGUGGCUCAGUUUUGAGCAUCUCGUCUGAUGAUAUGGUAGACACAGGAGAACCAUUUGAAUGCAUUUCUGGCUAUCGUGCCGAAGAAGCAGUGGAAAUGUUAAAAGCUUUCUACAGACAAGAAAAUCCCAAUGCACCAAAAUCAAAAGUACGCAAGAAAGACCAUCGUAAUUAGCCCUAUGCUGAUGGGAGACAGAAACUUACCAAAAAUGAGACGUGAAGAUUUCUUCAGCGUCCUUCUUUUUUAAAAUGUACAGUCCAAUUAAACUAUGUCUAAUGUUCUGUACAGAGUUUUUACUAAUAGGAUACUCACUACCUGUUCCUGCAUUUCUACGUAUGUGUUUUCUUGUUAUCAUACAUGACCAAACAGAAGAAUAAGUGGCUGUUUUUAGAAAGAGGAAAAUUUAUGGUUCAAGUUCGGUUGUUUACAGCCAGAUGGAUCCAUUAAAAUUCUGCCAUUCUGUACAGCA